AAGAAGAGAAAGACGACGAAGAAGAAAGCGGAAGUUGACAGAGGUACCGGUAAAUAGUGUCACAGAAACAUAAGACUAAAGUCGUCAGGAAAAACGUCUUAUCCGUAACCUUUUAUUUUCGUCACCUCGCUUCCAUGGAGAACCUCUGUGACAACGGCGACCCUCAGGUGGACGAACAUGACGGGGUCGACGGCCCCGGGCGGGCGUUUAAUUUGACAGGUGAUGUAUACGUCUGUGAUGGGGAUGUCUCGCGGGGGCUGUCGCCAGUGAAUCCGUCUCGGAGACGGAAGCUGGUGCUUCACGUCGAUCUGAACAACACCAUCCUGGUGUCGGACGCUGUGACGGCCCAGGGGACGGUCGCUGCGCUGGAGUACUUCCUGACCACCGUCACCUGGGGGAGGAUGUACAAAGGACAGUGGGAGUGGCUAAGUGACACCCCCUCGCUGCUGCCGCCCCACAGCAACGCCGAGAGCUACUACUCCCACUUUGGGCGGACGGUGGGCUUCACCUCUGGUGCUGGGCGGCGGUUCAGGGGGGCGUUGGAUGAACAUCUGCAGAUGCUCCGCUGGCCAGAAGGGAUGAAGAAGGACAAGGAGCUGUCGAUCCGAGGUGAAGACGGGUGUCUCUACCACUGGAUCCUGCCGUCCUUCUUCCAGCUGCUCAAAGACCUGACGCAGGAAGGCCUGGACUUCGCCGUCGUCUUCCGCACGUUUGGAACCGACCUCCCGCGCGUCCUGAGAGCCAUGUCCCGGGUGCUGCAGGAGGGGCUUCACCCGCUCUUCCCUGACCUGCCCGAGCUGAAGCUGAGCGUCGACGUGGAGCCAGGAGAUAUCAGCAGCAGCAGGAAGGGCGUGGUCCUGACCCGCGGCGACCUGAGCCGGUCCUCUCGUGACGGAGAGAGGAGCCUGUACCAGUACCUGAGCUCCCUGGAGGGUCUGGGGGGGUUUCGGGACAACUUUGAGUGGUGGGCGGCGAACAAAUUCUCCAGCCGCGGGGGAAAACCGCUGUGGAUCGACCCGUUUGACCAGCAGGUGCAGCACAUCUUCAUCGAUGAUAACAUCCGGCAGAACGAUGAAGAUUCGGUGGUGAACCCAAAGGUCUUCUUGGACCCUGGCGGUUCUGAAACCCGCACGGCCUGCACCUCUGAGCUGUUCGACAUCGCGCUGAUCCAGAACGACCUCCUCCGAGCCAUUUCUGACCGCAGCUACUUCACCCAGCGCGUCCACAUCUGCAUGGAAAACUAUGACAGGAACCUCCAGCAGGGGGCAGGCUAGGACCACAGGGGGGGGGGGGGGGCGCAGUUCAUGUGGAGCACAAAAGGGGGGUGGAGGGUUAAAAAACAAAACAAAUGUAGCACUGAAUGUAGAGAAGGCGAUGAAUGUUCCAUCCUGAGCGGAGCUUUUUGUCCCACUGCCACACAGUGUGGCAGUGAGGUUCAGUGCUGUUUUAAAAUAUUUGCACAAAACCGAUUUGCGGAACAGAACCUCCAUAGUUUUUCCUUCUGGUUUUAAAAGCCAAAGAUAAUCCUCUAAUACUUCCUGCAGUGCAGUGGGACUCCUGUCAGAAACGCUGAGCUCUAAACGUAAAAAAGCAAAACUGUCUUUAAUGCCGAGCCGGCAGAUUCUGCUGUCUAGUGAGUUUUAUUUGCACAGAUUUAGUUUUUUAAAUCUAUUUUUCUGAAAGCACUUUGUUUAAUCUAUUGAACAGUUUACAUUUGUGCAAAUAUUUGGAUUUUUAUAAACAUUAUAUUUAUUGUAGGCUUCUAAAUAAAUGCUUUUUUUAUUGACAAAAGCAAAAACUUGAAAG